AUCUUAUAGAAAUUGAAGCAAACCUUAUAGAUAAUAGCAACAGAGAAUAUAAUAAUCUACAUGAAUUUGAUAUAGUUCAAAAUAAUGAUGAUAAUAUACAAGUUAAUCCACUUUCUGCGGCUCUUGGCGAAUUCGAUAAAAUUCUUUUGAGACAAUUUUGUAAUAAAAUGAAGAAACUAAAACACACAUUGUGUCCUACAUGCAAUGAAUACUUCUUAUCCAUAACGCUUGUCAUAGAAGAAUGUUAUCAUUGUCAUACUGAGAAAACUUCACCAAAGAAAUUUUCAACUGAAAAUAAUAUGGAUCCAGGUAAUGUACCUGAAGAACUCCAAAGACUUAUAGAAAUUAAAGAAAUGUUAAUCGCUCAAGUCUUCCCUGUAAUAGUAGUUUACAGACUUCGUGGAGAACAAUAUGGAUACAGUGGAAAUAUUAUCAACUUUCCUCAAGAUGUAGAAGAGUUUGUUACUCACCUUCACCAGAAUCCAUCCUCAUUGAAUGUGCUUAUCAUAUGCUAG